UAUUCGAUCUGUCUGGGUUAAAAGUUACUGAGAGCCUGCUGAGAGUAUAGUAAGUAAAGCUUCGUCGUUAGGCUUUGAGGAAGCAGAUUCGGUUGCUCCGCCGAGACGAUGGGUGGUUUCCGGUUAGUUCUGGCGGUGGCUGUGUUCCUCGCCUGCUUGAUCUCCGUCUCUCUGUCUUUCCAAUCCGAUGAACUUCUCGACGACGAAGAAUUCGGCCUCGAAGGUGGACGCCCAUCCCAGUCCGAAUCCCGUCCUCCACCUUCCACCACCACCACCAAUCGGAAGAGAUUUUCCGACUCCUCCUCCGAUUCCAAGAUCCAGUUCAUUCUCCAACACGCCUUUGGAGACUCCGAUUUCACCGACGCCGGCAACUUCUCCGCUCGCCUCAAAACUUGGAGCCACGGCGCUCAGACACUGACGAAGCUGCGGUUUACACGGGAUACGUUUACUGAUGUUGAGAAGAACAAGUUUCAAGAGCUGUUGCAAGGAGAUGAUUUCUAUAAGAUUAGAUUGCCAUCCAAUGUUUUGAGUCCUCCAGGAAGGGACUAUAUUGUUUCUUCAGUGAAAGCUAGAUGUCUUCCAGGGGAUGGAUUGGAGGAGCAUUUUGUAAUACACACGGAAGGUGUUAACAUCUUGGCUGUCAAUUAUGGUGCCCAUGGGGCUUGCCCUUAUCCCCGGCAAUUGAAGCUUCCAGCAAAGUGGUCUUUCAAGUCACACACAGUUUUGAAGAACAGUGAACAGGCACCGAGAACGCCAAUAUUUGCUGAAGAGGUGCUUGGUGGAGAGGGAAUAGAUGGCGAAACUAUAAAGCCAAUAGAAAGGUCCUUUUGGGCUAAAUAUUGGAUGUACCUGAUCCCUCUCGGACUCAUUGUAAUGAAUGCGGUUACCCAAGCGAUGAAUAUGCCUGAGGAACAGGCUGGUGCGCAAGGUGGCGCCGGACCUGCACCGCAGCAGCUAGGAUCUGCUGCAGCUCAGCGCGGAACAAACUCUGGUGUGCGGAGAAGAUGAUCAUUCAUUUGGGAAGACAAUCUUAGAUUGACCUUUGAUGUAACAUUUCAAAAUAAUUUUAGUUGCAUGUUAAUAUUGUGAGGUCUGUAAGAAUUUUUUUUAAUUUGAUUUGCCUGUAAACUUUGAAACAGUAGUAUCUUGAAGUUUUCCAAUUAGAUCGAGUAAUUAAUGUCAUAUUGAAAUUUUGACACGAAAAGAAGUUUGACUCA